AUGGAGCUGACGCCAGGACCUGCCCCCUGUGACACCUCGACCAGCUGUCUGGGUCCUGGAGAUCCUUGUUGGCAUUAUCUAGAUGAUCAGCUCUGGGAUCGUGAUGCUCAAAGAAUCAUCAAGAAGCUUGUCCAUGAUAUAGCCUCAAGUGUGACUCAAACAUUCCUCAUAGAGACAAAGGUUUGCUCUCAGAUGCAGGAGUUGGUAUUAUGGGCUAUGGUCACAGCGUGUCCCUCGCCACCCACGUCCAGGUGCUUCACGGCCACUUCUGUCGUCACUCUGCACCCCGAGGAGACAGACGAACCACAGGGGCUGCCAUGGUGUGUGGCCAGUGCUCGCUGCAACAAAGCCGAGCAGACAGCGGAGGAGAAAACGGCCACAGCUGUGCAAACGGGAAGGGAGAUCACUGUGAACGCAGGCCAGGGAGAUGACCGACAGAAAGCACGAAACUUAAAUGAUAACGGAGAAACUGAGAGUUUUUAUGCUAUCAUACCAAGAGUUCUGAUCGGUGGAAAAGAUGAAUUCAGUACGGAUGGUGCAGGACAGAAGCACAGUCACUGA